GAGUAAACUUCAGAACCAGCAUCUGUUUGUCAUCACAAAUACACACAGUCUUCUCAUUGUUGUUGGCUAUGGUGCAGUAAUAGUGCUGGGAGGGGUGAAAAACGUGCUCCUCCCUCCUUGCCUCCUUCUCUCUCACCACCGUCUUUUGUUGGGGUACACCACUCCUGUUGCGAGUGGGCUAGAAAAUCUGCAGAGCUCUCCCACUCACGGCGGCAGCCACUUUUUCUCACUCUACUCCUCAUCUCCUCAGUGUCCUCGCCUGUACUCUUUUCCUCAGGGUCCUUGUCUGUUACACGUCCACCGAGCAGGUCUUCAAGGAAAUGGCUUCAAAGCGAAAAGUGGGCUACAAGUGUCGCAUAGCCACAGUUCUCUUCCUCCUCCUGGCGAGCAUCGCCGGGCUCAUAACUGUUGCCGUCAUCCAGAGCAAUUGGAGGUCCAAAGAGUAUGGCACAGAGUACGGCAUAGUGAUUGACUCGGGAUCGUCUCGCUCCAACAUCUAUUUGUACGAGUGGCCGGGGGCGAAGGAAAAUGAAACGGGAGUGGUGACGGAGAAAUUGAACUGUAACGUACAUGGUGUUCCAAUCUCUGAUUUUAAAAUUGACCCGAAGAAAGAUGCAGAAACAUGGGAAGGCUUCAAAGCUUGCAUGAAAAAUGUCUCUGCAGCCAUUCCUGUUAAAAAGCACAAAACAACCCCUCUGUUCUUGGGAGCUACUGCUGGAAUGAGAUUGUUACUAGAGAAGGAUGUGAAGCGGGCUAGCGAAGUCCUGGAUAAUCUGAAAGUAUAUCUCCAAUCUCUGCCCUUUGACUUCCAAAAUGCAUCGGUCAUUACUGGUCAGGAGGAAGGACUGUAUGGGUGGAUUACUGUCAACUAUUUGAUGGGGAACUUUCUGGAGAAAAACCCAUGGAACACCUAUUUUCGUCCACAGACGUCAAAGACUGUGGGCUCAAUGGAUCUGGGUGGCGCGUCGACACAAAUCGCCUUUGCGGUUAACGAAGCGCUGAUCGGCCCGGACUACAUGCACGUCAAGUUGUACGGCUACCCUUACAAUGUCUAUACUCACAGUUUCCUCUGCUAUGGCAAGAAUGAAGCCGAGAAGAUGGUUUUGGACAAAGUCAUUCAGGAAUCGUCGGACCCUGCCUACAUUAACAAUCCCUGCUACCCCACUGGCGUGAAUGUAACCUUGCAGGCCUCGCUCAUUUAUGACUCCGAGUGCACAAAGAAACGAAAAAAUUACAAUUCAGAUCGACAAUACAUUAUGGUGGGAUCUGGCGCCUCGGAGCAAUGUGAGAGGGUAAUAAAAUCCAUAUUUGAUUUCACCAAUUGUUCCUCGGCUCACUGUUCCUUCAACGGGGUCGAGCAGCCGCCUGUCACUGGGGAAUUUAUGGCAUAUGCGGGCUAUUUCUAUGUCGCUAGAGCCUUGUUGAUGAACACAACAACGGACACCAUCAGACCAUCAGAGUAUGAUGAAUUCAACAACGCAAUUAUCCAGUUAUGUGACACACCUUGGAGUGAGCUGAAGAUGCAAAAGAAAUGGGUCAAUCCCAAUUACCUUCGCACCUAUUGCUUUGCAAGUCAUUACAUCUUCACUCUGCUGACCAACGGCUACAAAUUUGACUCCAACACGUGGAAAGACAUUGACUUUCGAAAACAGGUGAAGAACACCAAUGUAGGUUGGAGUUUGGGCUACAUGCUCAGUCGCUCCAAUAUGAUCCCGUCUGAGCUGAAUGAAGUCCUACCGUUGACUGAUCCUGUCUUUGCCGCUCUUAUCUUUUUAUUUUCAGCUCUGACCAUUAUUACUGUCAUCUUGAUUUUCAUCAUUCUUAUUCGCACAUGCUACUAAGUAGGCCCAGGCAUGUCUUAAAAUUUGGCAACAGUUUGUUAUCCUAAAAUGAAUUUCAAUACAGAGUAUUGUUAACAUGGAGUU